CAAAAUCUCACUUUCCUCCCGCACGACGUGGAAACAGUAACCGUCUAUUCCCCAGCGAUUAGAGAAAAACAAUCACCAAAAUGACCACAGCACAAGCCAUAUUUUCCAAGGGAGAAGACUGCAAAGCUGGUUGGCACGACGCUAGUGCUGGUUACAAUGAGACCGACACUCAUCUCGAGAUUUUGGGCAAGCCUGUGAUGGAACGUUGGGAAACUCCGUACAUGCACUCGCUGGCAACUGUAGCCUCCUCAAAAGGUGGACGGGUUCUGGAGAUUGGAUUUGGCAUGGCCAUCGCCGCAACUAAAGUUGAGUCCUUCCCCAUUGAGGAGCACUGGAUCAUUGAGUGCAAUGAUGGAGUGUUUGCGAGAUUGCAGGAGUGGGCCAAGGCUCAGCCACAUAGAAUUGUGCCCCUCAAAGGACUGUGGGAACAGGUAGUAGGCGGCCUGCCUGACAACCACUUUGAUGGCAUUCUGUACGACACAUACCCUCUGUCUGAAGACACAUGGCACACUCACCAGUUUGACUUCAUCAAGGGCCAUGCCCAUAGGCUGUUGAAGCCCUGUGGUGUCCUCACCUACUGCAACCUAACCUCUUGGGGUGAACUUCUCAAGUCCAAAUAUGACAACAUCGACAACAUGUUCCAGGAGACCCAGAUGCCUCACCUGCUCGAGGCUGGCUUCAAGAGGGAGAAGAUUAGCACCACAACCAUGGAUAUUGUUCCUCCAAGUGAAUGCAAAUACUAUGCUUUCCGCAAGAUGAUUACACCCACCAUUCUGAAAGAGUGAAGUGGUUUGAUGCCACCGUAAUAUCUUUUUUCCUUUAAUUCUCAAGUGCCUGCAUUUUAAAAGCCACAUUGGUUUACUGUCAAAAAUCCAUAAGCACUCAGCGAUGUCCAUCUUACAAUAAACCAAUUUAAAUAACAUGUCCACUCUGAAAAUAAAUGUGUUUGGGUAUCACCUCAAACAAUUUUGCACCUCUUGCUAUAGAACCUCUUGCAAUUCGUUAUUGAAUGCAUUACAUUUGAACUUCAUUGCAAUGUUAAUGAGCACUAUAUUUGACAUAAUACUAAGUCUGCGUUUACACAGGCAGACCAAUUCUGAUCUUAUAUCCAAUUUAGUUAUUGGUCUUUAGACCAAUCAGAUCCUAUCUUUGCCAAUAAUUGGGCAACAUAUCACAAUUGGGCUGCCUGUGGAAACGCUUUCGAUUGGC